UCGAUUUGCGUGUAAAGGCAACUCUUUAAUAAUUACGUGAUUUGUACAUAUUGUGCAUUAUGGCGAAUAAUUAUGAUUUACCAUAUAAUGUUAGAAAGGAAAAGUUACCGAAAAUUGAUCGAAACAAUAUCCAAAAUGUUUUAGAGAUAGGCUUGCAACAAAAUUUUGACAAUGUUAACGUCCAAUGGGUAUCUUGUCCUGAUCUGACUAAGGAACCAUUCAAUCUCGCCGCCCCAGGAUUCUCUUGCAAACCGGCAUUAUUGGAAGUUGGUGGUGUGUCAUACUUACGUCCAAAUCCAAUAAAGGACAAAGGAUAUAACAUCCAAGAAAUAUUACAUUGUAUCGAUAUUGACUUUGAUAAAGUUUUCAUUUUUGGUUCUAGUCUUUAUUUAGAUCCUGAAAAGAAGGAAGAUUUAUACCCACUUGUUAUGAACGCAUCAUUUCCUCAAAUAAACAAUAAGGGAAUAAAGAACUUACACCAAUGGGAUACCAUAAAUAAAAGUCGCAUCAUAACUGUGAAUAAAGAUAAAUGUAAUGUGGAAGAAUUAACUAACGAUGAACAUAUUGAGUGCCGUAUAAUAGGAACUUUCUUUCUAUCCAAAGGUUCCGCAGGCAAGGAUGUUCUAGAAGUACGUGCUAAAGAAAAGAAUUCGACUCCUUUUUUUUCAGGAUUUAUAGAUGCUAUGCAAAAUAUACUCACAAAAGCAUAUCCGGAAACAUUAGUCGUUUUAGGUGGCGUAUAUGUACCGAAAAAUGGAUUUUGGAAACACCAUCCUUAUAGAAAUUCUUGGGAGCCUCCGAUAAGCUCUUCUACUAAUCCUGAUUUAUCAGACUACAAAUCUCCUUUUUGUAUUGCACAGUUUCCUGAGGCAAUAAUUACCACAUUUAGCAGUAGCACUAUUGGAGAAUUUAAGAGUUCACCAGAAUGUCCACCAAUAAGAUUUACUAGUAAAAUUAUUCAAUGUUUAAACCAUCGUAAUGGUGUGGGGGAGUCAUUUACCCCAAACGAAGACGAAAACAUAGAAUAUUUAGGAUACUUUCGUAUGGCACGCACAUUGAUUCGUAUUGAUGAACCGCUUAUAUAAUUUUCAAACUUGCAUUAUUUUGGUUAAUAUCAGCAAAA